UAAGAGGAAGAGGUUUGUUUUGUGAAAAAAGUGAAAAGAAAAAAAUCAUGUCACGAAUUAGAAAUAAUUUUGUUUGUGCAAGAUACAACAAUUACUGCAAGGAAUUACAAUUGAAUCAUAUAUAUCCUUCUAAUCCGGUAUCGGAAAACCAGUUGAAAAAUCGAUGGACUAAGCUUUCUAUAUUGGGAGUACCUAACCCUUAGAAUUAGUCAAGCAGCUUAAAUCAUCUAUAUGACUAAAAAUUACAAUAAGAAAAAACACAGCCUAAUAAUAAUAUGCAAUGGAUCAAAUAACUUGUCACAUAAGAAAUAUAUUAACAAAACAAAAAGGGCAAAAAAGACCUGAAAGCUUUGAGACACACCUGCAUAGGUCCCACAGUUCACUCGUGACACCGUGAAAGCAAAAACACGAACCCGCCACGUUACACAAAAAGCAAGCCACGUCAAUAUAGUCUCACUGUCAACUACACUUAACUUACUAUUUUCACAUUUUAUUUCCCUAUUUUAUUUUGUUUAUAUAAACCUACCAGCCUCCUCCUUAAUUUCUUUACCAAUAAUAUAAACCGUAACAAAAAAAAGAGAGAGAAAUGGAGGACGACAAUGGUAACAACACCAACAACAACAACAACAACAACGUGAUCGCACCUUUCAUUGUGAAAACAUAUCAGAUGGUUAAUGAUCCUUUGACCGAUUGGCUCAUCACUUGGGGACCUGCUCACAACAGUUUCAUAGUCGUUGAUCCACUCGACUUCUCGCAACGAAUCUUACCUGCUUAUUUCAAACACAACAAUUUCAGCAGCUUUGUUCGUCAACUCAACACUUAUGGGUUUAGGAAAGUGGAUCCGGACCGGUGGGAGUUUGCGAACGAACAUUUUCUGAGGGGACAGAAGCACUUGUUGAAGAACAUAGCGCGUAGGAAACACGCGCGGGGGAUGUACGGUCAAGAUUUGGAGGAUGGUGAGAUUGUGAGAGAGAUCGAACGGUUAAAAGAUGAGCAAAGGGAGCUAGAGGCUGAGAUUCAGAGGAUGAACCAAAGAAUCGAAGCGACGGAGAAGAGACCGGAGCAAAUGAUGGCGUUUCUUUACAAAGUCGUUGAAGAUCCUGAUCUUCUUCCAAGAAUGAUGCUUGAGAAAGAACGGACAAAGCAACAAGUUUCCGACAAGAAGAAGCGUCGUGUCACGAUGUCGACAGUGAAAGCAGAGGAAGAAGAAGUCGAAGAAGACGAAGGGAGGGUCUUUAGGGUUAUUUCAUCAUCAACACCGUCACCGUCGUCAACGGAGAAUCUUCACCGGAAUCAUUCACCGGAUGGGUGGGUUGUUCCCAUGACGCAAGGACAGUUUGGUAAUUAUGAGACUGGUUUGGUGGCUAACUCGAUGCUCUCGAAUUCAACGUCGUCUACGUCAUCAUCGUUGACCUCCACGUUUUCGUUGCCGGAGAGUAUUAACGGAGGAGGAGGAGGAGGAGGAGGAGGAGGAUGUGGGAAUAUUCAGGGAGAAAGAAGGUAUAAAGAAACGGCGACGUUUGGAGGAGUGGUAGAGUCAAAUCCACCAACAACACCGCCUUAUCCGUUUUCUCUGUUUCGAGGUGGCUUUUAGCGUUUAGCUUCACAUGAUAUAUGAUCUUUAUUAUGGUUCUAUUAUUAUUAUUAUUUAUUAUUUGUUUUUUGUUCUUAAUUAUUUUAUGUAUAACCAAAAGAAAGAAAAAAAAUAAGGACAGAUCGAUAGUUGUUUAGGUAAGUGACAGAAGAGUCAGUAGUCAUCGUUUAUAGAAAGUUUUGACAGUAUAUAAUUUCUGAUUAUAUUUGUUAGAAAGUUCAUAUGUUGACUUUGUUAUUUGUUUUUAAAAGUAUUUUCCAGGUGAUUUGUGUAAUAUAUCCAUACUUUGUAAUAACAACAAUUUUCAUCUUCUUCA